UUGGAGCCCGACACCUCCCCCUCCGCACAGGUGCGCUUGCGAGAAAAGGAGGGGGCGGCGACCAGCAGCCCGUCCCGCCGGCGGCCGGCCCGGCGGCACGCUCCCCGCGCAACUGGUAAGUGACGAGUGCCUCCUCGCAUUCACAUGCUGAAAAAUCGAUCUUGAAUUGAGGCAUAUGGAUCCCGACGAGGUUCCGGAAGGGAUUGAUCCAAAGAGUGCGUGUCGAGUAGAGGUCACAGUCAAUUCUUACUUCACUAUACAGGAUGGUAGAAAGGAGUACAAUCGGGAUAUGAGCACAAGGGAAGAGGAUAUGCGUACUGCAGUGAGCAUAGGAGAGGAUGAGAUGCCUACUGCAGUGAGCAUAGGAGAGGAUGAGAUGCCUACUGCAGUGAACAUAGGAGAGGAGGUGAUCCCGGCUGCAAUGGACACUGAUUUGGAGGUGCCAGGUGGAGGAUUUACAUGGGCAGAAGUACCUGAAUAUGGGGAAUCAACUGCAGGGCCACCAAUGGAUGAAGAGGAAGAGAAGGAGCACUUCAUCAAUGUUGGAUGUGAUCCUAAUGGAGAUGAACUAGCUGGGGCAGAUGAAGAGUGGAGGUACUUCAAAAAUGUUGAUAAUCCAGUAAUUGAUUUAGAUGCAUCAAUGUUGAGUGUGAACAUAGCUGUGCUAGUAUGGUCUUUUGUGCAACUAUAUGUAUGUAUAUGGCACUGCUAUGCAACACUUUUGUGAGAUUGUGGUACUUGUCAUGAACUUGAAAGAAUUAGCUGCCUGCUGCAGUUUGGUAUUGAAAUGACAGCAAACUUUGAUUA